AUGACUUCUAUUAGAAUUGCCAUCGUUGGUGGCGGCGCGGCAGGGACUUCCUUACUCCACGCCCUCGUCAAGUUCCCCCAUUUAGAUGUACAUAUCUUCGAGUCCGCCAGCGAAUUCAAAGAAGCCGGUAUGGCUUUCAGGAUCGCCCGGAAUGCGCAAGCUGCUCUCCAGCUUAUCGGUCUUUCAGCCGGCGCUGUCCCGAUGCGGACUGUUCGAAUAAUGCUGGCUCAAGGCGAAGGAGCAGGGAGUGUUGCCGACGAGGCUGACGAAACCGUCCAAGCAAAGCGUCUCACGAGCAUCGUCCACCGGGCAGCCGUUGUAAAGGAACUGCUCGCUGGUAUUCCGCAGAAUCGGAUGCAUGCCUCAAAGAAGCUUGACAAAGUCGAUUAG